AUGGCGCCGCGACCGUCCUCAACGGCGGCAUCGUCCAACACCCAAACAGCCUACUCCUUGACGCUCCUCUCGGAAUACACCCACACGCUCGAUUCCCUGCCCAUCGACCUGUCGCGCAAUUUCGCCGACCUGCGGGAGCUCGACGCUGUGCUCUCCUCGUCGAUGCAGUCCGUCACAGCCAAAGUAGAGCGCCUAACCAAGAUGAUAGAAGAGAACACCAGCCCGAAAGAGGAGCGGCUGUAUCUGCUCGCCGAGAUAGCAGAGGAGGCAUCGCGUCUGAAACCCGGCAGCGACGACAAGAUACGGGUGGCUUGCCACGCCGCCGACAAUCUCAGGUUCCACGCGAACUACCUCACCGACCUCCUCGAGCCCAUUCCCAACUUUGACGCAACCAUCAUGAAUCGCAAGACUAUCUAUCCUCACGUCGCGACGAAAUCCUAUGGCCCGAUCAACGCGACGGAGCCUGGGAGGCGCAGGCGGAACGCCCCAGCCAACUCCCUUAUCACUGCUACGGAGAGCCCUGCUGCGAAGAAGAGGAGGACCGCGAAGGACGAUGAGCUUGACGGUACGAAGUCGCCGCGGAAGGUGGAGAGUGGCGCUCAGCGCCCUCGAGGUGGACCUCGCGCAAAGAAGAACGACCGCGCUGGAUCUCCCGCCGAAUCUCUUCUCUCGGUCGCAUCACAUAUCCCGGGUCACGCCUCCCACCAGGCCGCUCAAGCCACUUCGAAGAGCAAUGGCAAUCACCAUCAAAGUGCUGCUCGCAGCGGCAAUGGUGCCAACAAACGGGGCCGGAACAACAACAACAACCACGCCACCCGGAGCCCUGACGAUCUUUAUACAUACGAAGCUGCCGCCUCCUCCAGUCGCAGAGACAUCUUUAACGGCCCGCCGUCUACAUCCCAUCCUUCUCUACCCCAGCCUUACAUCAAUGGGGUGGGUCCCGAAUGGGCUCAUGGGCAACUUGAAGGGCCGGGAGUGCCUCCCGUGGCUAGAUCCAGUCAACCUCCGUUAGCAAUUGCCGCUGCCACUGCAAGUGUCACCGCGGUAUCGGCGUCUGGUGUAUCGGCGAAGGCAGGGGCCGCAGAGAUCGUCACGGACGGGGGAGAAGAGGCUGCGGAAGGCGAUGGCGAUGACGGCAAGACAUACUGUUUCUGCGAUCGUCCGAGCUUUGGAGAGAUGAUCGCCUGCGACAACGCGAAUUGCGAGAAAGAAUGGUUUCAUUUGCAGUGUAUUGGUAUGGUGACAGCCCCCGUCGGGACAUGGUAUUGCGAAGUAUGCCAGUCUCAGGGUUAUGGCAAGAGAGCGCCUCGGGGAGGCAGGAGAACCGGCGGAAAGCGAGCAGGGAACAGGGCCAGCGCCAAUGCGUAGAGUGGUGUAUCGGUCAGACUGUUACUUACCCUGCCGUCUCUAACUUAUUCUAGUUCGUCAUAGUCUACGUCUCCCGUCUUGUACCGACCUUGUGUAUUCAAAACCCCUUCCUAUACCAUGAUAUUGCCACAGCUGC